UUUUUAAUGCCAUCAUCCAUCAGUAUUAUCCGUAUCAGAGAUACAAGGAGAACAUGGGAUGUUAUAUUCAUUUUAAUUUAUUUUGCGUUCUACUGCUAGUGGACUUUGGACAACCAGAAUAUGCGGACUACGGCAAUUCAGAAGCACACCUAGAUGAUCACCUUACACGGCCUGAUGUGGAUGUGGCUGAUAGUGAUAAUGAGAUGACCACGUCGUAUGUUUAUCACAAUGAACACCACGACAGUACCAUCCACCCAGAUCCCCAAUGGGAAUUAUCAACUGAUCAUUUAACCACUGGAAUGGAAGGUUUUGAAAGUAGUAUGAAUGAUAAAACGAAAGUGCAGCGAAUUUUCCAUGUUCUACGUUUGUCUAACCAUCCAGGGAACUCAGACAAAGAUUACAAUCACCAUGACAAUCAUGAACAGUAUGAUCAUCAUGAUCACCAUGAUCAUCAUGAUCACAAUGAUCACCAUGAUCACCAUGAUCAUCAUGAUCAAAAUGAUCACCAUGAUCACCAUGAUCAUCAUGAUCAAAAUGAUCACAAUGAUCACCAUCAUGAUCACCAUGAUCAUCACGUUGAACAUGAAGUUGAAGAUCGAAUAGUGCGAUAUGCGUUGCAUAAGCGGCACGAAGAAAUAUAA